UUUCCCUCUUUCAGCUGGUAUGUGUUUGCAACGGCUAAAACUAAAACUCUUAACUAGAAAACCAGACAAAUGCAGCCUCUUAAAUGGCCAAAGCGUCUUAAAUCCCUCCUAUUAGCCUGCAAAGACAGAAAACCCAUAGCUAAAAUCCACACCUUGAUGAUUUUAACCGGUCUUUACAUCCAUAAAACCUCCGUUGGCAAUCUUAUAGCAGCUUAUGCACGAGCUGGCGAUAUCCUGUCAGCUCGUAAAGUGUUUGAUCAAUUGUCUAAUAGAGGCGUAGGUUCAUGGAAUGCAAUGAUCAUUGCCUAUUCCCGAAAUAAUUUUCCAAAACAAGUUCUGGGUUUUUAUCAUCAGAUGAUUCUAGAGGGUACUAGGCCUGACAGCUCCACUUUUACCGUGGCUCUUAAGGCGUGUGUUAGCUUAAUGGACUUGGAAAUGGGGGAGGAAAUUUGGCAUAAAGCGGUGGAUUUUGGAUAUGAGAAUGAUGUGUUUGUAGCGUCUUCGGUUUUGAAUUUGUAUGCAAAGUGUGGGAAAAUGGAUGAGGCAAUGGUGGUGUUUAGUAAGAUGCCAAGAAAGGAUCUUGUUUGUUGGACUACUAUUGUAACAGGGUUUGCACAGAGUGGACUGGCAAGAGAAGCGAUUGAUUUGUAUAGGAAUAUGCAAGUGGAAGGGAUGGAAGGGGACGGUGUUGUGAUGUUGGGGUUGAUUCAGGCAUGCGCAAAUCUUGGGGACUCAAAGUUGGGACUUACGAUUCAUGGAUUUAUGAUUAGAAAAGGUUUUUCCAUGGAUGUUGUUGUUCAGACUAGCCUUGUCGAUAUGUAUGCUAAGAAUGGAUAUUUGGAAUAUGCUUCACGUGUCUUCAAGAAGAUAUCAAGUAAGAAUGUUAUAUCUUGGGGUGCAUUGAUUUCUGGCUAUGCUCAAAAUGGUUUUGCUAGAAAUGCACUCGAGUUGUUGGUAGAGAUGCAGUGUUAUGGAUUUAAACCAGACUUGGUGUCCCUUGUGAGUACACUUAUGGCCUGUUCACAAGUUGGGUUAUUGAAAUUGGGUAAAUCCAUACAUGGAUAUAUCACUAGAAGGGUUAAUUUUGAACAAGUUUCUGCUACUGCAGUGAUUGACAUGUAUGCAAAAUGUGGAGCACUUUCUUAUGCCCGUGCACUCUUUGAUCAAAUAGAUUCUAGAGAUAGAAUAUCUUGGAAUGCAAUGAUUGCUAGCUAUGGAGUACAUGGGCAUGGAAAGGAAGCUCUAUCACUCUUCCUCCAGAUGAGGAAUACAAACUUAAAACCAGAUCACGCAACUUUUGCUGCACUUCUCUCAGCUCUCAGCCACUCAGGACUGGUGAACGAAAGUCAAUACUGGUUUAAUCUCAUGGUUAGUGAAUAUAAGAUCCAACCAACUGAGAAGCAUUAUGUAUGCAUGGUUGAUCUUUUAGCUCGUUCGGGACUUCUAGAAGAAGCUUAUAAACUAAUAGAUUCUAUGAAAAAUGAACCAGGGCUGGCUGUUUGGGUUGCUCUCCUGUCUGGCUGCUGUAAUCAUGGGAAGCCAUCAAUUGGAGAGACGGCAGCAAUGAAGGUUCUUGAGUUAAAUCCAGAUGACUUGGGAAUAUAUGCAUUGGUUUCAAACUUCUUUGCCAUGGGAAACAUGUGGGAUGAAGUAGCUGCUGUAAGGAAGCUCAUGAAAGAAACAGGAAUGAAGAAAGUACCUGGCUACAGUGUAGUGGAUGUGAACGGGAAGCUCCAUGCUUUCCUUAAGGGAGAUAAAAGCCACAAUGAAUAUGAAGCUAUAGCAUCUGCCUUGGAUAAAUUGGACUAUGAGAUGAGGUUGCAUGAUCAAAAUGCAGGUCUUGCUGUUGCUUUUGGCCUGUAAAACUUAGGGUUAGGAUCCUGACUGCUGAUUAUGAGAAACCUUAGGGUGGGUGAGGAUGACCAUCAAUUAACCAAGUUUUAUCACCAGGACGGUGGAGGAUUGUAGGAACUAAGAAGAAGGCUGUUCACUCCCAGCUGUAAAAUCUGCCUAUAUACAGUAUAUGCCAGCUUCAGUGAUGACCACCAUGACACCUUCAGUGAUGCAGUGCAGAAUGCCAGCUUGUCUUGUCAAAAAUUCUGCCAAUUCUCUUCUUCCAUAUACAGUAUAUGUACUGCAUGCCAUCCUCAGUUAAUAGGAAGCAUAGCCUAGCCUCUCCUUAGCCCACUGAAAUUCACUCAUCAAAUCCCUAGCCGGUGAUCUUCCAAGUCCGCACAACUUUAAAACUUGGUUCUAUACUUGCCCUCUGAAAUCACAAGUAAGAAAGUCCCUGGUCUCCACCUCCUUAUCACAGAAAACAGAAUUGUUCAAUUGAGAUAUCAUGUGAUACCCACAUGAACUCAUUAACGAGAAGUGUCAAGAUUUAUAAAUUAUUUUGAAACAAAAUGUCCAUUCUGAAAACUAAUAGACCUGAGUUUAAUCAGAGUAAUACCUUAAGAACUUGAAUGUAUUUUACCCUUGAACAAAAGGUUACUGAGAUUGGAGAAGCACUCUUUGAACUAACAAUAAGGAGGACCACUCGAAAAGAAAACCUCAGCUAAA